AUCAGCUGGGCGUUUAUGACGCUAAGUGCUGUAGUGGUACUGAGUACUUUCCGGAAUGAUCAGAUUGGGAGUUAUAUUUCCCAUUUACUACUUAUUCUACGUUUCCCUAUUUUACCGUUUUAUUUGAAGUGUUGCAAGGAGAUGAAGGAAAAUGUGGAAUCAACCAACGUAAUGGAAGAUUUACCCACGGAGGUCGAAAUAGAAGAUUGUUCAGAUAACAGCGAAGAUAUGGAUGCCGAAUUUUCACCUCAGAAUAAAAUUCAUGCCACAGAAACUGAGACAAAAUUGGUUGCCAGUGAAAAGCAAGAUGGGACAGAAGGAAGUGGGGCAAUUUUCGAAAAUGAUAAGAAAGGAGAUGAUCAUAGUCUUAGUAUUAAUAAUGUAGUGGAAACGGUGAUUGUACGAGAUCGAUCUGAAAAAGACUUAGAAGAUAACAAAGAAACAACCAAUGCUUCGCUCAAAUUGACUUUUACAGCAACUGUUCCAACUGAACAACUGAAUGGUACAGAAUGCAAGUCACAUGGCAAUGAAGUGACCGAAACUAUAAAGAAAGAAAUAAAGGGACAAGAUGAAAUAGAAUUCGUAGUGGAAGAGGAUAAGAUCGACUUAGCCGAAGAUAAUAUAGCAGAAAACAAAGAAGUUAAACUAAGUGAGAAUGCUGAAACAGCCAUAGCUCUCUUAUCCGCUAAGCCGCAAAAUUCGAAGGAUGAUGUUGAUAAAUUGCAACCAGAAAAUCUGCUAAAAGGGGAAAAUACUGUUAAGGAUAUCAUUUCGGGCAUCGAUUUAAGUAUAGAACAGGAAAACUGUGAAUUACUUAAGCAACAACAAAGGGAAUUACUUCAAAGACAACAAGAGCUUGUCGAACAAAUACGACAACAACAAUUAAUUGCUAAAGAGUUAGCCGCUGAGAAUCAGCUUCGCCAGCAACAUUUACAGCAGCAAGAACAACUAGAGUCUCCCACACAACAGGAAACACAUAAAAUUACUAGUACACCCAAUCCAAAACCUACACCAACAACUUCUCAGCUCCAGGAAAACACUUCUAAAUUUCUGACAGUCGAUAAAAAGAAAGACGAAUAUGGUUACACACAAAGUACACAAACUUACGAAUAUAAGGAGUCAACAAACGCUCCAAAAAAUAUCGAUUUGCUCAAAAUCUUUACGCCAGCAACAGAUGCCAAUGAAAUUGUUCCAAGAAAUC